CCCACCCCGACUGACAGUCCGGGUGGCGGCCGAGGGAGGCGGAGUCACAGCCGAGACCCGGUGGGGGGUAGUUGUGGCGGCGGCGGCGGCGGCCCUGGUGGCGGCGGCUGCGGCGCCGCCGAGGGCUGCCGGAGAAGGAGGCGGAGAGGCACAGGGCCGCCGCUAAGGCCGCUAGGGAGCUCCUGCUGCUGAUGUGAAGUUUCACCGUUUGUGGGCAAUUAACAAGGAGGUGUCCACUUCUUUCUUUCUGAGGCGCCUCUUGCUGGGAAGAUGAGGGCCGUCUAGCUUUGUGGCUUGAAUUGAAUGUGGAGGGGUUGAUAGUCAUCGGUGAGAUUGAUGUCAUGUAGGGACCUGUUCCUUCUACCUGCCAACCUGCCCAGAGUUGUAAGAGUCCAUCCAGGACCUUCCAGUCAUGAAUAAUCUGAUGGCUCCUGAAUUAACCGGGAAAACAAACAUAUCAAGUGCCAUUUGAAGACUCUGUCUAUCUAUGUAAAACCUUUUCUGCACAUAGAAGCUUUUCCAUAAGAAGACAUUCUGAAUUUUGCAACUGAUGAAGAUUAAGCAUCAGCUGGAGCACCUUUCCACUGUUGGGGUUGGGAGUCUGUGGAGAACAGUCUGUCACUAAUGUCAGAUUUUCCUUACAGUGUUCAUAAACAAAAGCCAGUUUGCAAAAGAAAAAAUUGCACAGAUUAACCCUAAAGAAUAGCUCCAGUGUAAAGCAGGGGCAGACCUUAAAACUCUGAACCGGAGCUCAGUGACUUUUCCUGUGGUUGUAGCAGGAGUGAGGGGACUGAUCUGAAAGGAACAGAUUCCUUUGUGUCUUCAGCUAUCGGAAGUUUUUUAUUUAUUGUUUAUCUUUUUUCUUUUCUGCAUAUAUAUGCCAUUUUAAAAUACUAAUUGGAACUGUCAGUUACAAAAUAAAUAUCAAGAAAAGCCUUUUUUGGUCCAAAGGUGUGAACAGGCUUGCAGGUGAACAGGAAGACAUCUUUGGUAAAGCUUGGACCGGUCUUGGGAGAUGGUGCAUCUUGGAGGGCUCUGCUACACGCCUAGGUGGCUGGUUUAAAGGCUUGCAUCGCAGACGGAGACUAAUUAAUAGACACAGUUCUAAGAUUGCUUUUUCAUUAACAUAGAAACUAGAGAAAGGAGAAACAGAAGCCUGCAGCCUAGUCUGUGUAAGCAAGAAGUAGGACCAAACUGAGGAAACUACUUGGUCCAUUUAGAUAGCAGUUUAUUCAUACUCAGUGACCCGCAGGCCUCCACCUCUGCUUGAGGGAAGGGCUUUGCUCCAGUCUCUGUGGCACUGAGGGUGGUUCCAGCCCAUGGAGGAGUCAUUCUAGGAAGCCCUGUGUUCCUAGGGACACAGGGCCAGGCUUUGAGACAGGAAGCUUCUGGCUGUGAGCAGUGGGGGAAAGAGUGAUUUUCUUGUUAAAGCUUUGACCAUUGUCUGCAUGAGCUCUGGUGUGACUUUGCACGUUAGUGUGCCUUUCCCCUUAUGCAACCUUUUCCAGCUUACAGCAGAAACUUGCCGAGUUCAGAAAACGUGCCAGAGGGUGGCUUCAGAGGGAAGAUGAUCUUGUGUGAUCAGUCUCUGCACUUGAACUAUUGAAUAGAGAAAUCCAGCUAGAGGAAUUCUUACCGCCUUAAGUUACUUGAAAUCUAUGUGUUUGUAACCCUUUGUCUCUGGAAUUACAUUACAAAAAAAACUGGAAUCUCAGGCUGAGAAUAACGAGGCUGAGUAAAAGCGAAGAGAACUGCCUCUUCAUCAUCACUUACUAACAGCUCUUUCUCCAAAGGAUUGGUGUGGUUUCCCGCUAAGAACUUGAAAAUGAGAACGGACCCUGUGUAUUUUUAGGCAUUACCUUUCUUCGCCGACUGACGUCUUUUAUAGAGGAGUUUUUUCACUAUGCAUUUGGUGGAGCUUUAUAAGCUAUUGACCUAAUUGGACUCUAGAUCAGUUGUAACUAAAGGAGAAAAAAACAAACCAACGGAACCCAACCACAAAAAUAAGCCAAUAAAAGAACUUGGUUUGAAAUUCCUCAGUACUUUUAAAGUGAAAUACUUCAUUGAAAAAAGUAUGUAUGCAGCAGUGGAACAUGGGCCUGUGCUUUGCAGCGAUUCCAACAUCCUCUGCCUGUCCUGGAAGGGGCGUGUUCCCAAGAGUGAGAAGGAGAAACCUGUGUGCAGAAGGCGCUACUAUGAAGAGGGAUGGUUGGCCACAGGCAAUGGGCGAGGUGUGGUGGGAGUGACUUUCACCUCGAGUCACUGUCGCAGAGAUAGGAGUACACCACAGAGAAUAAACUUCAACCUGCGAGGCCACAACAGUGAGGUUGUGCUGGUGAGAUGGAAUGAGCCAUACCAGAAACUGGCCACAUGUGAUGCAGACGGAGGAAUCUUUGUGUGGAUUCAAUAUGAAGGCAGGUGGUCUGUGGAACUGGUCAAUGACCGUGGGGCUCAGGUGAGUGAUUUCACGUGGAGCCAUGAUGGGACUCAAGCUCUCAUUUCAUAUCGAGAUGGGUUUGUCCUGGUUGGUUCUGUCAGUGGACAAAGACACUGGUCAUCUGAAAUCAACCUGGAGAGCCAGAUCACCUGUGGUAUAUGGACUCCCGAUGACCAGCAGGUGUUGUUUGGCACAGCAGAUGGGCAGGUGAUCGUCAUGGACUGCCACGGCAGAAUGCUAGCCCAUGUCCUCCUGCAUGAAUCUGAUGGCAUCCUCAGCAUGUCCUGGAAUUACCCCAUCUUCCUGGUGGAGGACAGCAGUGAGAGUGACACUGACUCGGAUGAUUAUUCUCCUCCCCAAGAUGGGCCCGCGGCUUACCCCAUCCCUGUGCAGAACACCAAGCCGCUGCUCACCGUCAGCUUCACCUCCGGAGACAUCAGCUUAAUGAACAACUAUGACGACUUGUCUCCCACUGUCAUCCGUUCAGGGCUGAAAGAGGUGGUGGCCCAGUGGUGUACGCAGGGAGACUUACUGGCAGUUGCUGGGAUGGAGCAGCAGGCACAGCUCAGCGAACUGCCCAAUGGUCCUCUUCUGAAGAGUGCCAUGGUCAAGUUCUACAAUGUUAGAGGAGAGCACAUUUUCACUCUGGAUACACUUGUACAGCGCCCUAUCAUCUCUAUCUGUUGGGGCCAUCGGGACUCUAGGCUGCUUAUGGCUUCAGGACCAGCCCUGUAUGUGGUUCGUGUGGAACACCGAGUGUCCAGUCUCCAGCUGUUGUGCCAACAGGCCAUCGCCAGCACUCUUCGAGAAGACAAGGAUGUUAACAAGCUGACCUUGCCCCCUCGUCUCUGUUCCUACCUCUCCACUGCCUUCAUUCCCACUAUUAAGCCCCCGAUUCCAGACCCCAACAACAUGCGAGACUUUGUCAGCUACCCCUCAGCGGGCAAUGAACGGCUGCACUGCACCAUGAAGCGCACAGAGGAUGACCCAGAGGUCGGCGGGCCCUGCUACACACUCUACUUGGAGUACCUGGGAGGGCUCGUGCCCAUUCUCAAGGGGAGGCGCAUCAGCAAACUGCGGCCAGAGUUUGUCAUUAUGGACCCUCGGACAGACAGCAAAUCAGAUGAGAUCUAUGGGAACAGCUUAAUUUCUACUGUGAUUGACAGCUGCAACUGCUCAGACUCCAGUGAUAUCGAACUGAGUGAUGAUUGGGCUGCCAAGAAGUCUCCCAAAAUCUCCAGAUCUAGCAAAUCGCCCAAACUCCCAAGGAUCAGCAUUGAGGCCCGAAAGUCACCCAAGCUUCCACGGGCUGCUCAAGAGAUUUCUCGGUCUCCCCGAUUGCCCAUGCGCAAGCCCUCCAUGGGCUCGCCCAGCCUGACACGGAGAGAGUUUCCUUUUGAAGACAUCACUCAGCACAACUAUCUUGCUCAGGUCACAUCCAAUAUCUGGGGAACCAAGUUUAAGAUUGUGGGCUUGGCUGCAUUCCUACCAACCAACCUCGGUGCAGAGGCAAAUGAUGCUUGUAAUCACUCCUCAAUGCAAAAAUCAAAUGUUCUUUAUUGCUCUGGACAAUACUUUUGUACUAACUCAGAACAGCACAGAACUUUUCCACCAACAUUCAGAUUGUGUUUUGUAGUAAUCUAUAAAACCAGCCUGCUGCAUCUCCAGCCUCGGCAGAUGACCAUUUAUCUCCCGGAAGUUAGGAAGAUUUCCAUGGACUAUAUUAACCUGCCUGUCUUCAACCCAAACGUUUUCAGUGAAGAUGAGGAUGACUUACCAGUUACAGGAGCAUCAGGUGUCCCUGAAAACAACCCGCCCUGUACAGUGAACAUCCCUAUUGCACCAAUCCACAGCUCUGCUCAAGCUCUGUCUCCCACCCAGAGCAUAGGGCUGGUGCAGUCCCUGCUGGCCAAUCAAAAUGUGCAGUUGGAUGUCUUAACCAAUCAGACAACAGCUGUAGGGUCAGCAGAGCAUGCAGGUGAUGCUGCUACCCAGUACCCAGUCUCCAGUCGGUACUCCAAUCCUGGACAGGUGAUUUUUGGAGGUGUAGAAAUGGGCCGCAUCAUUCAGAAUCCUCCUCAAUUGCCUUUGCCACCACCGCCACCACCACCACCACAGGCGCCUAUGCAGCUGUCUGCGGUGGACCAUGGAGAUCGGGACCAUGAGCACCUGCAGAAGUCAGCCAAGGCCCUGCGCCCAGUGCCUCAGCUGGCUGCCGAGGGGGAUGCGGUAGUUUUCAGUGCCCCGCAGGAGGUCCAGGUGGCGAAGAUGAAUCCCCCACCCCCGUAUCCAGGAACUAUCCCUGCUGCCCCCACCACGGCUGCACCCCCACCCCCUCUGCCACCACCACAGCCCCCAGUGGAUGUGUGUUUGAAGAAGGGUGACUUCUCACUGUACCCUACAGCAGCACAUUACCAGCCUCCACUAGGCUAUGAGAGGAUUACCACCUUUGACAGCAGUGGCAAUGUGGAAGAGGUGUGCCGGCCUCGGACUCGGAUGCUCUGUUCCCAGAACACCUACACUCUCCCUGGCCCAGGCAGUUCUGCCACCUUGAGACUCACAGCCACUGAGAAGAAGGUCCCCCAACCCUGCACCAGUGCGACUCUGAACCGACUAACUGUCCCUCGAUACUCCAUCCCCACAGGGGACCCACCUCCUUACCCUGAAAUUGCUAGCCAGCUGGCCCAGGGGCGGAGUGCCGCUCAAAGGCUGGACAACAGUCUCAUCCAUGCCACCCUACGAAGGAACAACCGAGAGGUGGCACUUAAGAUGGCCCAGCUGGCAGACAGCUCCCGUGCCCCACUGCAGCCCCUAGCCAAGCCUAAGGGGGGUGCUGCUGGGGCAGUGGCACAGCUCCCAGCAAGACCUCCACCUGCCCUAUACACCUGCAGCCAGUGCAGUGGAGCAGGGCCCAGCUCCCAGUCAGGUGCAGCCCUGGCCCAUGCUAUCAGCACCUCCCCACUGGCCUCCCAGUCCUCCUAUAAUCUUCUAAGCCCUCCUGACACCUCCCGUGAUCGUACUGACUAUGUCAACUCAGCCUUCACCGAGGAUGAGGCCCUGUCUCAGCACUGUCAGCUCGAGAAGCCUCUGAGGCACCCCCCACUUCCUGAAGCUGCUGUCACCAUGAAGCGACCUCCCCCUUACCAGUGGGACCCCAUGCUGGGUGAGGACGUUUGGGUUCCCCAGGAAAGGACAGCACAACCUACAGUGCCCAACCCCUUAAAACUGUCCCCCCUCAUGCUAGGGCAAGGCCAGCACCUGGAUGUGGCUCGAGUGCCCUUUGUGCCUCCCAAGUCUCCGUCCAGCCCUACUGCCACCUUCCCGACAGGCUAUGGGAUGGGAAUGCCAUAUCCAGGCAGCUAUAACAACCCCUCUUUGCCUGGAGUACAAGCUCCAUGCUCCCCUAAGGAUGCCCUGUCCCAGGCACAGUUUGCACAACAGGAGUCUGCUGUGGUACUUCAGCCAGCAUACCCACCCAGCCUUUCCUACUGCACCUUGCCCCCCACAUACCCAGGAAGCAGCACCUGCUCCAGUGUACAGCUGCCGCCCAUCGCCUUGCACCCUUGGAACUCCUACAGCACCUGCCCGCCCAUGCAGAACACCCAGGGCACUCUUCCCCCCAAGCCCCACUUAGUGGUGGAGAAGCCUCUUGUGUCCCCUCCACCUGCCGAGCUCCAAAGCCACAUGGGCACAGAGGUGAUGGUAGAGACUGCAGACAAUUUCCAAGAAGUCCUCUCUCUGACAGAAAGCCCUGUACCGCAGAGAACGGAAAAAUUCGGAAAGAAGAACCGGAAGCGCCUGGAUAGCCGAGCAGAGGAAGGAAGUGUUCAGGCCAUCACUGAGGGCAAAGUGAAAAAGGAUGCUAGGACUUUGAGUGACUUUAAUUCUCUCAUCUCCAGCCCCCGCCUAGGGAGAGAGAAGAAGAAAGUGAAAAGUCAGAAAGACCAACUGAAGUCAAAGAAGUUGAACAAGACAAACGAGUUCCAGGACAGCUCAGAGAGUGAGCCCGAGCUGUUCAUCAGCGGGGAUGAGCUGAUGAACCAAAGCCAGGGCAGCAAGAAGGGGUGGAAAAGCAAGAGGAGCCUGCGGACCGCCAGUGAGCUGGAGGAAUUCAAGUGCCGCAAAGCCAGUGAGAAGGAAGAUGGGCGGCUGGGCAGCCAGGGCUUCGUGUACGUGAUGGCCAACAAGCAGCCACUGUGGAACGAAGCCACACAGGUGUACCAGCUGGACUUCGGAGGAAGGGUGACCCAGGAGUCUGCCAAGAAUUUCCAGAUUGAGUUGGAAGGACGACAGGUGAUGCAGUUUGGACGGAUUGAUGGCAACGCAUACAUCCUAGACUUCCAGUACCCCUUCUCAGCUGUUCAGGCUUUUGCUGUUGCCCUGGCCAAUGUGACUCAGCGCCUAAAAUGAAGAGACAGAUGCAGGAGUAGACAUGGCAGGAGCCUUUGGAGGCGGAGCUCAUACUGCUACUACCUGAGAAGAACAGGGGAAGCCAGCAGGCCAGGAGGGUGCUGGUCUGUAGGCAUGGCCCGGUCGUUCACUUAGCCUUUAUUGUCUCUUUUCUUUUGCUAGAGUGGUGUUUGGAAGUGAAGAAUUUGAGGUACCUUGUGUUCUUGAAGGCGGUGUAGCUUGGAUAUAGAGUGUACUGCAUUUACUUCUCAUGGCCAGGACCAAGGGCCUUUGCAGAGAAGAUAGGUUGCUCGGCCUUGCUCUUCUUUUAAACAUAGGGAGUGUUAGUGUUCGUUCUUCAUGUCAUCUGCCCUUUAUUCCAACAUUCACUCAUGAAAAAAAAAUUUUUUAAACACAACCAAAACUCUGGAAGAGUCAGCUUGUACUGGGUUGUGGAGGACAGCAUUUCAUUCACAGAUGUGUGCUGCUCACUAAAAGGUACCUGGAUGAAUGAGGGAUACAUAUGCAAAUGCCUUGUGCUCUGCUUAGGUAAACCACCAUAGAUGGGUACUGCCACCAUUGUCAACGUGAUUUGAUAGGCAGUGUGUGAGGGAAGAGAGACUGCCCAUGGACACAGGCUCACAUGCAGACAGACAACUGGAUGAGCUGAUAGUGUGGCUCAUGCAAGGGUGAUUUUCCAAGGAUGGUAGUUGGAAACCCCACUGGUUUCUUGUGUCAGAAGUAAUCCUAUCUGACUUUGAAAGAAGGUAAGAGACUUCAGUCAGUGGGCCGAUCCAGGCUGGGGUGGAGCUGGGUUUACAUCAUAGUCAUUAGACUGCUCACUCACCAGAUACCUCCCUCCACUUGUCAAGAACCUGCCUUGGCUCUCCUUCCCCCUUUGUUUGACUCUGGAGCAUUUUACUGUAGACGUCUUUCUCUUUAGAUCCUAUUGCUCUGUCUUUUCUAAACCGUGAAUGAGACUUGAUUUGCAACUACACCUUUCCUUCCCUUGUCCACAUUAAAAUUCAGUUGUUUUGAAUGCUUUCCAGCAGUUAUAAGUGUAAUCAAAAAUAUGUGUGCAUUUCCUAGCAUACUAAAAGAUAGAGCCAUAGUCACAUCUUUGGGGAAAACACCACAAUAUGCUGUAAGGGGGAAAAAAAACUGUUUUUGGGUGCAUAGACUGUACUAAAAGAUUGACCACAACUAUGGGAGAGCCUUGUUAAGACUGUCUGUGCUUUAUUCAUUCUGCCUGUAGCAUGUUUGCAAAAUUUUUUCUCGUGGGAACACACACACCCAGGAAAACACCCAGACCUUGGGAGUAAGGCCCAGUUCUCGCUGUCGCUGCAACCUGUGCUGCUUGUUCCCAGAGCGCAAGAGCUUUAACUUUUGACUUGGGUCUUAUUUGAAAGCUGACAAGUGGAAGAUGCUAAGGAAAUUCUUUUCACCUUAAAUGUUGAUUUAGUUUCCUCCUCUUUUUCCUCUUCCUCCUCCUCCUUGUGUUUGGUUUAAAAAUAAUGAAAGAAACUGUCUGAUUCCUUUAGCUGAGAAAAAUUAAAUUACUCAUCAUUUUUUCCUAGAUUCCAAGGAACUAUGGACAAGAACAUCUCCCAGCUGAUAGUGGGGUUUUCCAUUUUAUAAUUUAAAAUAUGAGAGCUGAUUCUUAGGUGGGCCAGUUGUCCCGGAACAAGUUGAGCAGUAUGUUCAGAGUUAGUGUGUUUACGUAAGUCCCUGUAGCUUGAUAAGGCAUCCAGUGCUUAGCAUUAGCUGUGCAAUACUGUUGUCGCCUCUCUGUGUAUGGAAUAAUUUAAAUGCAGUUUUCUUUGUUUUGUUGUCUAAGAGAUAGUUAUUUAUCUUGCUCUUUAUAGUAUUCUUGGGAACUAUUUUGUUAUUAUGUAUUGGUGAUUUAUGCCCAUUUUAUUAUUUAUUUAGAAAAAUAGUACCUUUGUAAUGCCUUGUUUGGUGGCAAUAUAUUUUGCUGCAAAAAAUAAAGAGAAUAUGACAGAAGGUUUUUGUGGGGGACGGGGAGGCUAGGUGCUUUGCAACUUUCUUGAGAGUUGGAGAAAAUCUUAUUGAUCCCCUAAAAAAAUAAAUUCACUCUUUAUCUCAGUAUUGAUUAUAUGCAAAAUAGGCAAUAUCUUUGAGAUAGCAUACCCUAAGACAGUAUUUCUUAUUUUGAAAAUGUUAAUUUAAAAUAAAAUGUGAUAAGACACAGGAAGGGCAAGACAUCUGAGAUAAGAGUCUCAAAAGAGUCCCUUAGUAAAUGAUCUUCAAGUUUUAGGGGUUUUUUUUUUUGUUGUUGUUUGUUUUGUUUGUUUGUUUUGUUUUUUUUAGUUAAAAUUUACCUUUUCCAGACUGCAAAAGUUAUACUUACAACUUUGCUAAAUAAGAACAUCCCUAAAAGAUACUCUUUGUCUGUGGAGAUGCAGGCUUCUGGCCUUGAGUUGCUUGACCUGUGAGCUGCAGGAACAGCAGCCACUCACCAGCCUCCUCCCCCAGGUGGAGAGUGAGUCUCAGGUUCCACAUGGGCAGAAAGCUGCUGGCUGCAGCAGUUGUGGCAUCGUAUCUUUUAAGAUAAUGGCUUCUUCCAGUCAAUAUCACUUGAUUAAAUUCUCCUCAAAUGAAGACUUUUAAGUAACAGAAUUUUGGGUACUUCAUGGUUAUUAAUAGCAAUUUGUGAAUGUCCCAAUGUCUCAUUGGAUACUGAAAUUAAAAACAGUCAACUAUAUAGAGACCCAUAGGAAAAGAGUAUAUUAACCAACAUGAAAACUAGUGUUAGAUUUAUUUGGCUCUAGUAUCAUCAAAACAAAAGUUAUGGGUGAAUAUACUUAUUUGAAUGUAUAGCCUGAGAAAAACUGGGACCACCACAGCUAGAAAUACUCGGCUCUAAUGAGCAUACAAAGCGAAAGCUUUUGCAUGUUGGUUUUGUCCAUCCAGAGACUGGCCUUCUGUGUAAUACUCACUCUGUAGUCAAAGGCCAGGGACUCCAGGUCCACUUGUCGUGCCACGGGGAUAGGGGUGACUUUGGCCAGGCCCCUAGGGUGCCUGGCCUCCUUUUGUCCAUCUCUUAAAUGAAAAGUCAUACCUGGAGAAGCUUAAACACUGCAUUCUGGCUCUGGUAGCCUGAGAGCUCAGAAUUCAGCAGCUUGUCUUCCCUUUCACGAGGGUGGGAGUAUGUGUCAAAACGUGGCACCUGUGUAGACAAAAGUUUUCAUGAGUCUGUAAGCUGUCUAUUGUCUCCUGAAAAGAAACCAGAAGUUUUCCCCUAAAUGUGUUUAGAAUGCUUAUUCUAAUAAAAUGAUGGAAGCAUCAAAUCCAAGUGUAGUGGAAGUCCCCAAGGAGUCCCCAAGGAGUGGGGGGUCCUCAAGUAAAACAAGGCACUGUGUGGCUGUAAAACUGGGUGUGGGUUGCCGCCUUUGGUGUGCUGUCCUGUGAGCUGGGGACAGGUUGGCCACAGUAGCUGGGUUUGAGCUGGCAUUUGCUCCUGGGAGUUUUUGGUAACAUACAGUUCAGAAGACUACACCGCUGUGUAUCGCCUCAUCUCUGGCAGAUGAACUCUGGAGGAUUGUGACUGACUUGGUUUCCAUUUUCUUCAGCUUUGUGCAGUUCUCCUGUGACUUUGUAUCCGUGUUUUCUGUUUACAAGUCAAUUUUAAGGGGAAGGGUAGGAUAAGAUCUAGUUUAUUGUAGAUAUUCUUUCUCGUGUUGUAGAAAAGCAUGGGUUAUACAUUUGAGUGGAAACGGCACUGUAUUAUUUACCAAAGGUGUAUUGUUUGCAUUUGUUUAUAAAUGCAUUAUUUUAGUACUGUAAAUUUGGGCAUAAUUUCCGAGUUUACUACUAUUGCUACUGCUGGCAUCUGUCUUUCUCCUUCUCUGUCAUCUUUUUUAUCCCCAUAAAUGUGCAAUGUGGGGUGCAUAUGUCACAGACCAAACAAGACCACCAGCAUGUUCUUGUCCACACUUUGGGAACAGCGUGCACUGUUUCAUACACAUCGGUCCCUGCAGUGUUGGUUUCUUCAUUUCCUUUGAAAAGUCAGCAUUUUGCUUUAACCUUCCAGACAAGAUCUGUUGAGAGUCACCAUUGCAUCUCAAUGAGCUCUCCCUUAUUUGCCUAUCUUUGUAUGUAUUUUGUAUACUAGAUUGUCCAGGAAGUAUUCUAGAAGGGAGUAAUGGUUUGCAUUCAAAAUGAUGUAAUUUUCCAAAUUAUUUUGCCUUUAAAAUUGAAAUGGGUUAAUCUCAUUUUUUUCUUGAUGAUUUGAAAUUGUAAGAUUUGUCCAGCUAUUGCUUAAUAAAAUUUUGCAGAUCAAAAAAUAUCAA